AUGUGGGUGCUGAUCUCUGACGUGAGCAACAUAUACCAAAUUGCUAUAUGGUCGGUCCUUAUAAGUGGUCUCGAAAACACGGCAGGUAGCCUCAUCACGCUUCGUCCGCUGUUCCGUUGGCUGUUGAAUGGAAGUAUGUCUUACGGUCGAAAUGCACCAAGCCGUCAAGAUCAGCCACUCUCCUGCCUGGGAAGUGAAACCCUAAAAAGCGCCCCCAGUCCGAGCUAUUGGAGGCCUGAUCUAAACCUCAAUAGCGAGAUAGUUGUGACCAAUCCAGUAUCUCCGCCACAAUCACACAACUCUCGCGAUGACGGGAGACGGUGUAUCCCGAGCCUGGACCACCCAAUUUAUGUAACGGAGUUACGGUCCAUAAACCAUUUGCACAAAGUGUACUAG